ACAAAAUCGUCCUUCCAUAUCAUUAAUCGAAUUUCACAGGCUUGGCAAAAUGACAUUUCGCAUCGAAAAGUGAGGUUAAGUAAAGAAUUCGUUAUCCUAAUUCUGUAUUGGGCAUUUACAGCGAAAAGGCACGAAAAAGUUCAAUCAUAACGGUUUAAAAUUCUUGUACCGCACACGCCACCUUACAUCUCUUACCUUCUUGCUCCACGACAUCACAGAGGGCAAACUUUGAAUAGCAACAUAGGACGCAAAGAAAGAGAAACAUAAAAGUUCUCAUUUUUCUGUGCGUUACUUCUCUUGUUAAACUUUUCCUCCUUUUAGCACUGUACUCGGCUAAAGAAACUCUGAACGAGAGCGCGCGCUCUUACAAAACAAAGGUAAAGCGUGCGUAAUUUGUAGCUGACGUCAAUACAUUUUCUUUGGGUGAUCGAAAGAGGUUUUAUGGCAAGAAAUCUAUGUGAACUGUUGUAUUGUAAUGUACUUACAGACAUAAAGCUCGAAUCCUCCAAUUACAUACAUCAAGCGAUUUCUUUGCAGGUCAUUUAUUGCAUUGUCAGGGUUGUUCCAACCCCGAGCUCGGAACAGCGGAGCUGCGCGCGUAAAUCAAUAUUGAAAGAAGGUAACUUUGGAGUUUUUGCUUUGGGAUGGUGUUGUUUCAAGAAUCAAAAGGUUGUGGUAAAAUUUAGCCUAGGGGAGAAAGCAUUGUUCGAACUCUGAUACUUUCGUACCCUGGGUUCUUGCGCGGUUUCCAGUGUCGGUACCCGGGUAACCCUAACCCCGACAGUUACUCUAACCCAGUCCACCCUCUGCCAUUCGACCUCUUCCAACAUGGCGGCUUCAGGUGACGGUGCCUCGAAAAAGCUCAAACUUGUUGUGUUUGGAGCGACAGGUCGAACAGGAAACGAGGUGGUAAAGCAAGCACUGGAAAAAGGGCACCAUGUGACAGCUGUUGUGAGGACGCCUGAAAAAAUGAACACUCAGUUAUUAGUUUAUUUACCUAGGCACAGGAUUGUUCGGCUAGUGACUGUAACAUCAUGGUGUACUCAGCCAGGGCCAAACAAUCGUUGGCUGCUAGAGUGGAUUAUUAAACCACUGUUUCUUAAUGGAGUGAUCAAGGACGUGGCAACUAUGGAAAAAAUGCUGGAGAGCAGUGAGCCUGAGCUUUUGAAUUAUACUAUUGUUAGGCCAUGUCAUCUACUUGUAGGUGAAAAGACAGGAAACUAUAAGACUGAAGAAGGGCAGUGCAACACUGGAACAACAAACAAGAUUACGGUUGCAGAUGUGGCAGACUUUAUGCUGAAGACGCUGGAGAGUAACGAGUAUGACAGGAAAGGAAUUGCAAUUGCUGGAUUGUAAAGAUGUUCUAAAUUACAAAGAACUGGAAAAAAAAAAGAUACAAAACUUUAUAUUAAAAAAUAUCAACUUCUUAAGGAGAAACCCCAAGAUAGGAAUAUGUUUAAAUUCAACAGAUUGCUGAUCGAACAAUAUAUUAAACUGAAUAGACAAUAGUAUUGACUAGCAUCAUAGACCUACAAUGCAUUUAGAGGGUUGUGGCUAAAUCAGCCCUCUGGACACAUUGUAUGUGUGAAGGGAUGGUUCAAGACUGUAUUACAUACAAGACAGUAUUGGUUCUGGUAAUCACUUAUAAGUGAUUGUCUUCAAAUUUCUAGGUUAUGUUAUCUUCUAGUUUUGAACAUAACAUUUUGAUAGAUUGGUUAGCCUCCUACAGUAUGGAGACAUUCAUUUAGCUUGUUACAAUGGACAGGGCUUUUCAUUAGCUCUGGAAACAGUGAAAAUUUCUGUCUGGGGGUGCUAGCUAAAUUUUGUACCUUUAACUAGUUUUCUGUACCUUUUCAUUACCUCUCCAUGCGAACACUUUCAUUAAUGGUCAGCAUUUAAUACCUCAUGUAGCAUUUCAUAAGGUGUAAUCAUUCAAAAGUGCUUUUCUUUUUGCAUCAACAAAACAUGGGUGAUAUACUGCAGGUUAUAAUGUUGGGUAAAGUAAAUUUCUGGGAGGUGAUGCUUUUGCAAUAUUGCCACCCUGCUAACUCCAACUUGGUUGUUUCUAAUUCCUCAUUAUUUUGAACUCAAAACCAUUCCCUUGGGUUUCCCCAUCAGUCAUUUACUAGUCAUUUAUUUUCAACUCCCACUGAUAUGAAAUCUUUUUUGUUUCCUUUGAGAGUUGAAUACAGUUCAGCCCCUAUUAAACGGCCACCCUUGGGGAAAUGGC